AUGACAGACCUUCCUCCUCCCGAUUAUUCGGACCUGGAUCUACCCUCCUACGAUACCCUGAUCAGCGCUCCUCCUCCCACUACAGUCGCUGGAAACCCCACUACCAAAGCCGUCCUUGGCCCUGCAACACUUUACAUCUCUGGACGUUUCAUCUACUCAACCGACCCUCAAGCACCACCUCUCUACGAAUUCUCGCAUUCCAUCGGUUACCUCCACGACAAUGACCGCAGCGUCAAAGUCGAGCGCGUCGACUCGGUCGUCAAGACCUCUUCCGGUCUUCCCCAAGUCGUCCUAAGAAACCGCCACCUCUUCGACCUCAAGCAUCCGACGGCCGCCGAGUUCCCCACGUUUCCUUACCAUGCCGAAGCCGCUACCCGUCGAGCUCUAUGCUCCUUUGGAGUCACCUACUUCCGCUCCGGUAAUAUCCUACGGCAGAAGAAAGGUUUCCGAUUCGACCGCGCUGCGAAGGGGGCGGACCGUAAGCUCGAGCCGCAUGGUAUGCUGUACGAAGCUUGCUCGUCGCGGAGCAAAGGCGUAGGCUACGAAUGGAGAGAUUCCCAGGGCGAGUUGAUAGCGAGGGAGGUCGAGGAUGAGCGAGUCAGUAUGAGCCUCGUCAUCACAGCCGAGAUGAGCGUCGAACUGCGCGAUGCCCUUGUCGCAGCCUGGAUACUUCGAGUAUGGUGGGACUUGGCGAAGGGGAAUACAAAUUCUUCGUCAGCGCGUUUAAUGCGGGUAGGCGGUCGCCAGCAGAAUCUGUUGCGUGUGUACGCUGGUCUCGCUGACAGCACUUCGUCCAUAUAG